CAAAGGGGGAGCGGGGCGUGGCCAGCAAAGAGAAGGAAGGAAGGAGUUCUUUUUCAAACUGGGGGAAGAGGAGAGCUGGCUGGAAAGAAGGGUGAAGAUCACGAUAGAAUAACAAGCCUCUGCUUUUGCUCAUCCCAGCCUCAAAUGAGGAUAAUGGAUAGGCUGUUGAAUUCCUCCUCCAAGAAGUCGGCGAUAAAAGAGGAACCAGAAGGCGUCGAUGUCACACCGACUGGUAGUAGCGAUGGUGGACCAUGUGUAAUUGCUGGGGAGAAGACCCCUGUGGAGGACACUCUUGGCCCGGAUGUACAGCCAGGGCAAGGCAAAGUAAACCCAGCAGGAGAGGCCAAUGAGGUUGUCUCAGACACCAAGGAGGGACCACCCCUCCGGUGGGUGGUGAAGGAGGAGGGCAACGGGAGCGCAACGGUGCUGAGUGAAAACGAGUGGAGCCUGCUUCCUCUUCCUCUCCCUUCCUCAGGCAAAGAUGGGAGAGAGAGUGAGAACGAGGAAAAAACUACUGAUGCAGAGGUUGAAAAUGCUCAGCCUCGACAUGAGGAGGGAAACACAGGGGAGAGAAAAGGAGAAGGAGAAGGGAUGAGACAGGAAGCAGAGAAAAACGUGCUUUGUCCACCAAUCCUUUCCCAGUUAGAUGAAGAUAAAGCACAAGGAUGUGCAGAGUGUGUAAAGACCUACUGCACGAAUCCGCAUGGAUCUCAAAUAAUUUCCACAAUAGAGAAGCUAUUUCAGUGUUCAGGGUGUGGAAAGCAGUUCAAUUCAUACGGUUGUGUUGUUUCCCAUCAAAAGAACCACAAAGGGGAGAAACCCUAUAAAUGCCGGGAGUGUGACCAGAGUUUCCGGCUGAAAAGUGAACUCCUAUCACAUCAAGGAACGCACCCGGGGGACAAACCAUACAAAUGCUGCGAGUGUGGAAAGGGAUUUGACGGGAGCUUAGAGCUUAUUCGACAUGAAAUACAUCAUGGAGGAGAGAAAUUUUACAAAUGUUUGGAAUGCGGAAAGCACUUCUGUUCUGCUGUUCUUCUUGACGCACAUGGAAAAACCCACAUAGAGAAGCAAUCGGGCAUAGGUUUGGAGUGUGCUAAGAGCUUCCAGACAAGCACACCUCUUAUUAGCCAUGAAUUGACCAAAGUGGAGAAGCUGCAUAAGUGCAUGCAGUGUGGGGAAAGCUUCAGUGGGAGAGAGUGCCUGGAUAUGCAUACAAGAACCCACACAGGAGAGAAACCGUAUACAUGUCUGGAUUGUGGAAAGGCCUUCACGGCAAGUGCAAGCUUUAAAGAACACAGAAGAACCCACACAAGGAAGAAAUCACACAAGUGCUUGGAGUGUGGAAAGAGUUUCACUGGGAGAGGAAACCUUGAUGCACAUACAAGGAUCCACACAGGAGAGAAACCAUUCAAGUGUGUGGAGUGUGGAAAGAGCUUCCGUCAGAAAGGGAAAUUUAACGUGCACAAAAGGACCCACACGGGAGAGAAACCGCAUAAAUGCCUGGAGUGCGGAAAGAGCUUCCAUGCGAAAGAGUACCUUACUAGGCAUAACAGAACCCACACAGAGAAUCCGCAUAAAUGCCUGGAGUGUGGAAAUAGCUUUUGCCAGUUAGCAGACCUUUCCUCCCACCAAAGCAUCCACAUGAGGAAACAAACCAAUAUACUUUCCAGCUUCCAGGCACCAUAUGUAAUGUGUCUUCCAGGCAGUAUAAGUAGUUUUGGAAUUAGGAAAGAUACCCUUUAUACACAAUUUCAGAUUCAACCCUCAAAUCCUGGGUACACUUAUUCAUUGGGUAAUGUAAGCAUUGUACCUUAGCUCUUAUGUGUUUUAUUGCUUAUAUGUUUAGAUUAUUUAUAUUUUGAUCAGAUGUAUUUUAUUGUUUACCUGUGCGGCAUUGAAUUUUUGAGAACACAAAAAUGCUGGACCAUUCCAACAACUAUCAUGUCAGACUACACAGAGAAGCCAUUGAAAUCCAUAGGCAUGUGGACAACUUCAACAGAAAGGAAGAAACCAUGAAAAUGAACAAAAUCUGGCUACCAGUAUUACAAAACUCCAAAAUCAAAACAAUAGAUGGGAACCAACAUUCUGAAGGCUUGACUGAAAAAAGGAUGCCCCCAGGCAAGGGACAAAACAUUUCCAAUGCUAAUUAGGGUGAUUAACUGAAACAUCAAUGCUGGCUCCCAGUGACAAAGGACUCUUGUCACACCUUGGACUCUACGCAGAUAUAUAUUUACCUUCCUUGCCUAAUCUCUCCAUGCCUCACAACCUCUGAGGAUGCCUGCCAUAGAUGUGGGCGAAACGUCAGGAGAGAAUACUUCUGGAACAUGGCCACACAGCCCGAAAGACAUACAACAACCCUGCGAUCCCGGCCAUGAAAGCCUUCGACAACACAUUGAAUUUUUGCUGGAUUUGUAAGCCGCCUUGAGUCCCCUUCGAGGUUGAGAAAGGCGGGGUAGAAAUGAAGUAAAUAAAAUAAGAUAAAACUGG